AUGCCGGUGAGCCGCCGGUGCCCGGCGGGAAGGCGAUGCCUGCCGCGUUUCUGCCGUAUCGGGAAAGAGAGGCUUGUCGCACACCAGCUUGUGCGUGCCCGUGGGCCGCUGCCGCCGUUCCCCCGCGGGAACGCAGAGCCGCACCGGCGGCCUCGCGGGGCUCCCCGGAACAAAGAGGGGCUGGGGCUGCCGGCUCGCCCACCGCCGCCUUCUCCGGCCGCCCGGAGACGGCGGGCUGUAGCCCGGUGUCCGCGGCGCUGGCACACGGAGCCCUUUACCGGCGUGUGGAGCGUGUGCUGCUCCCGCGUUGCCUUGAGAAAAGCGGAGGAGAAACGAUGCCAAGUGCACGACUUUGGAGAUUUGAAUUUCACUCAAGUUCCAAAUGACGAACUGUACAACAACCUGAUUUUAUAUCCGCGGUCAGUGGGUUUAGCCAGCCAGGUAUUGGCUGAUGCUGUAAGCAGAGCAGUAGCUGCUGGACAUAGCUGUGUGACUAUAGGAGGUGAUCACAGCUUGGCACUUGGUUCUGUCAGUGGCCAUGCACGGCAGUGCCCACACCUCGGUGUCAUCUGGGUGGAUGCGCAUGCUGAUAUCAACACCCCUCUUACAACUCAGUCUGGAAACCUCCAUGGACAACCUCUCUCAUUUCUCUUGAGAGAGCUUCAAGAUAAAGUACCACAACUUCCUGGCUUUUCCUGGCUAAAGCCCUGCCUUUCAGCAUCUGAUAUUGUGUACAUUGGUUUGAGGGAUGUGGAUCCUGCUGAAUACUAUAUUUUGAAGAACUAUGAUAUCCAGUAUUUUUCCAUGAGAGAUAUCGAUCGCCUUGGAAUUCAGAAAGUUAUGGAAAGAACAUUUGAGCAAUUGAUGGGCAGGAGACAGAGACCAAUCCAUCUGAGUUUUGACAUUGAUGCUUUUGAUCCUUCACUGGCUCCAGCAACUGGGACUCCUGUUCUAGGUGGAUUAACUUACAGAGAAGGCAUGUACAUCACAGAGGAAAUACACAACACAGGAAUGCUUUCAGCUGUUGACAUGGUUGAAGUCAAUCCACUGCUGGGAGCUUCUCAAGAGGAGGUGAAUGCAACUGCUAGUCUUGCAGUUGAUGUGAUAGCAACAUGCUUUGGGCAGACAAGGGAAGGAGCACACACUGCUUUUGAUGAACUCCCAACGCCCAGUUCUCCAGAUGAAUCUGACAGUGAAGAGCAAGUGAGGAUUUAACCAAAGUGUUGGGUACAUUGGACAUUAUAGAGCUCUGCUGAGGCACUUGAGUGGAUAGAUUGUCAACACUUGGCAAAUACUGUUAACUUCUCCAUUUUUAAAUAAACUAGCUUUUCCACUGA